AAUAAGUGUCUCAACUUUAUAGUAACUUUAGUACAAAGUUGUAUUAAGCUUGAGACACUUAUUUUGAGACGGAGGGAGUAUGUUCAAUAUAGUGAAAAGAACAACAAAAAGGGUCAUCUUUUAAGACUCGGUACUCGAACAGUUUGCAUUGUUAUUUUAAGGUUAACAAUAUGAUGAUAUCCCACGAUUUUUUAUGUUAGGCAGUACGGUCACCUGCAACACCACAUGAUCAGGUGUAAGUGGAAAAUUCUUAAUUAAUCUAAGUACAGUUAUUUUUGGAUGAAAAUAAUUUACCAUGUGUUAAAAUUAGUUGUUGUUUUUUGCGGGAAGAAAUUAGUUGUUUUUAGCAGAGUAUGUUUUAAAUUGGUUUUCUUUGAGCGAAAUACGUUUAAAUUAGUAACACGGGUUGUGUGCAAAUUGAAAAAAAAAACAGAUGGGCCAAGGCGGUGAGGCGCAUGUACCACCCGGCGGCCGUGCAACAAUUCAUCAUCGACCAAGCCACCAUGCGCUCUGUUCCCGGCGACGCGAGUUGGAGUUGGACGGGUAGACGAUGUCCGCGCCGGCGAGGGGACGAAUGGAGGGCAAGGACGAAGACGCAUGCGUCGUCUUCCAGGCCGGCCGGCCUCUCGUCAGCCGCACUGGAACUGGAACUGGAAGCAAGCCGCCGGGUCUCUUCAGGUCAGCUCAGCUCUCAUCCAGCUGCGCAUCAUGUGCUUGUGCUUGUGCUUAUGCCACUGCGACCGAGUAGGAGUAGCUGUCACGCACGAGCUUGCUUCAGUUCAUUCAUUGAAAUGAUCCACCAAUUGAAAUGAUCGCCGCGCUGGUUUGGAGUACGUACCUCAGUUCAUUCAUUGCUCACCAAUAAACGCACAAGAGUGCGCAGUCAGUCAUAAAAAUUGCUGGGCGAGAGAGAGUGUAGAAAUUAUCACGCCCAACUACUCGAGGGCAGAGCAGGCAUCCAAUGCGUUUCUUCCCUCCAUCCCCAUCCCUGGUUCAUGCAUCUUUCAUCCAACCUACUCCUACAAUUCAAUUGUACUGUACGUCAGUAUCCGGCAAUAACUUGUUUGCUUGCUUGCCUCUCACAAAGUCUCUAUUUUUUUCGAUUUUACUGUUCAUACAGGUGCAUUUGAGCUCGGGAGCAGAAUAGUACUUUCGCUCACAAAGUCUCUAUUGUGUUCUGCCCAAGCUUUCCAAACCCCCUUCUCCAACAUCAACAUAGCUACACAAAUUCAAAUUUCAAAACAGACAGCCACACCACAAUAUUUUGGCCACGUCCAAUUCAAACCAAACCUAAUAGUCGCCGGGGGGUUGUGGACUCAUCCAUGCUAAUCACAAAACAGUAUUAUUUGAAAUGAGGUUGCUUUAUGUUGUUAUUGUCAAGAAAAGAAAUUAAAACAAAAUAUGUCUUCGUCCAAUGGGUAUAUUCUUACACAAAUCCUUCAAUAUUUUUGUGUCAUUUAAAAAAAUCCAUACUGUUUAUAUUAUUCAAAUUUCAAUUGUUUUCUUGCCAAUUACAUUAUUUUCCCCAAAAUAUAAAAUCAUAGUUAUAAAUAUUUAAAAAUUUAAUUAUUCAAGUGACAUUUCAAUCGAUUUCAGAAAUAUUCAUGGACAUUUCUAACAAACUUCAAUUGUUUUUUAAUCAAUCGGUUUCAGAAGCAUUUCAUACAACCAUCAAAUUUUUAUUCGUUCAAAACAAUGUACAAAUAUAAUUCGUAUAUUCCACACAUUUCUAUUGUUUUUAUAUUUAGUCAGUUCUAGAAACAUUUCACACAAAUUUCUUUUUAUUCAAGACACAUGUCAAUCUGAUAACUGAAGUUAUAUUUUUAUGAAAAAAUGUGAAGUUUUUUUUUCAAAAUUUGAAACUAUCUUAAAUUUUGUAUAUUAUGAGAAAUAAACAUAUUUGAAACUAUUGUGAGUCACCGUGUUUAAUUAAGAGGUUGCCUGGUAGGCUAGUCGCACAGGUGCGCGACGGCCAUGUUAACCUUGGUGGGUAAUGCAAGGCACACCAUCUUGCGGGGCUGCAUUCACUCUUGACCCACGGCAAAAUUCCCCCUCUCCUUCUCAUCUUUUGAUGAAAUGGGACCAAGACAAAUAUUACCAUAGGGCUGCCUUAGUUUUUUCUGUUUCCGUUGAUUUGUCAAUUCAACAACUAAGGCUUCAUCUUUCUCCUCCUUCAUUUUCUUCUUCCUCCUUGAACCGGCUUGCCCAACGCGCCCGAACCGCCCGCUACCACAAGGCUAGUCACUUGCUCCAUGCCGCCGCUGCUCCCAACCAUCUUCAUAUCCAUCGAUACAAUCUCCCCGCAUCCCUCCUCUGUUAUGAACCUGUCAAUCUCCAACUGAUCUCCAUCGGCUCCAUGCCGUUGCCCCGUCGUCCCUGGCUCCAUGUCGUGCCUGGUUCGACCUCGCCAGCCGCCCCACGCCUCGUUUGUCGCUCAUCGCAACACUCCGUCUCGGCCUCAUGGCUUCACACAAAAUCGACCGACACAAAUGCAAUAUAAAUUACUGCCAUGCCAGGAGUAGUAUAUGGUAAGGAUGAAAAAGAAAACAUUAAGCAAAGACUUUGGCUGGUCAAGUCAAGCAAAAUAUUGAUACUCCUACUACUACUAGUAGUACUAGACAACAGUGUGCCUCCAGAGCCAUUCGAGCAUCCACUUAUUACACCAACAACUCACUCUCACUCCACUGCUCCCCGGGCGGCGCUCCCUUGCUCUGCUCUGCUCUCCACUCCCCGGCAACUGCAAGCCCUGUUGCUCCUCAUCUCCGCCUCGCCGGCCGGCAGCGCAGCGCAGCCCCCGCCGCCUCCCCCCACUCUCCCGUCAGCACGAUCCACGGCUCCCGGAUCUGAAGCAGCCGCACCGUGCUGCCGCCGCCCACAGCAACAGGUGGCAGCUAGCUAGGCGUCAGCGGCACCGGUCACCGGCGGCAAAGUCAGGCAGCGUACAUCACCGGCGAGAUUCAACCCAAGACAAUCCACAAGGGAAAGCUUUUGCAGCUACAGCAACCAAGAUUUAUCUACAAUCACAUUUGAUUGGUUCCUUCCUGGAUAUGUAAGCUUUUCCAUUUGAAGCUAACCUAUACAAGCACUUCUAUCCUCAAGGAUUUAGUAUUUACUGAGUCCUGCGCUGCCGUUCGAAGCAACCAGCAGCUGCAUCGAGAGGUUGAGAGAUGAGGGGGCUGAGUAGGAGGGACAGAGAAGAGCCUAUUAACGGAGAGCGGAUUUUCAGCGGACGAGCACCUUGGGAGUCCAAACAGUGUGAGCAAUUACUGAUAGGAUGCCGUCCACUCGUCCCACAUCCUUUCUCUUUCAUACUACUUCGUUCAAAUCUUCCUGAUGUUUCUCAGUAAGUACUUCGUUCAAAGCUUAAAAUGGAGUUAAGUUAGUGGAUUUUGUUCACCCGCAAAAAAAAAAGUGUGCGGAUUUUGUUGUUGUGGCAAUGAUGCUAAUCUCAGUACUACAUAUUGGUUAAUGAACAUAUUUAAAUGUGGAGAGAGAGAGAGAGAGCAUAACUAUGAAAAUAUUUGUGGGCAAUGGAGGUAUAUUUUCCUAAACAUAAAAUAUUUGUGUUUCUAGAGUAAUUACAAUCUUAACAAACUAUACUUAAUUGAGUAUCUGAUGUACCAAAACCUGUGUUGGUACUCCGGCGGAAAUGCAUAGCCCACACGAGACAUGAGUCAAGCAGCGAAAACGCAUCGUGUGCAUUAACUACGGUGGCCCAGAUGUCGCUUUCCGUGGAUGAAAUACAUCAUAAAUACAACAAACUCACCUACGUGUACCCUGCACUAAUACAUCGAUAUAGGCCAUCCCAAAGCAUCUUCUGCGGACGCGAUACCGAGCUAUUAGGUGCUCGUCCACCAAAACGACUAUUUGUUAUUAACGGGACAAUGAGUCCUAGGAAAACAAGGGGGAUGGCCACUUCGUCGAUGCUCUUCCUGUCGUUCUGGGUUUUGGGCGUCGGCAUCGCCGUGGCCGUGAGGGGCAACUCCACGGUUUGCAUAGCCGCCCUUCGCUGGCCCACAUUCUACGUCGGCAUCGCCUUCGUGGUCGUCUCUCUCUUCGGUUGCUUCUGCUGCUGCGCCGCCACGCGUAUCGGUUGCUGCCCCAAGAACUUCUUCCUCGUCGGCCUCUUCUUCGUCCUCAGCGUCGUGGUCGUCUUCAGCCACGUCGCCGUUAGUAGCAAGUACUGGGGCACAAUCAGCGUGUGCCUCGGCCACAGGAACACCUGCGAUGGCAUGAGCCUCCUCACAAACUCUCCAGUCCAGUCUGGAUGCUGCAAGCCACCAUCAUCGUGUGCAUUCACAUACGUGAAUGGCACGACGUGGUCACCACCAACAGCUGCCGUGGACCAAGACUGCAGCAGGUGGAGCAACGAUCAGCGAACGCUUUGCUUCCAGUGUGACUCGUGCAAGGCAAGCGUCGUGGGCCGAGUAAAUUGCACAGAAGUACCACAAUUGGAGCAUUGGAAGCAGAUUGGUACCAAGAUUGGUAAUUUUUACGUGUCAGUACGAAGAUUGGGGCUAGCCGUUGCAAAAAAGAUUAAAAGCUCGUUUUGUACGUAUUGACACUUAAGCUGACCGAUUGGGCCCGCCCGUCAGGCGCCACGCUGGCCAGUGCGCGCGUCGCCUGCGCUGGCUGCGCGCUGACUCGGACGAGGCCGGCCCGUUGGUGCGACCGAGCCAGACCCCGACCCCGCUCUGCCCUGUUCCUUUUCCUCGCACCCUCGCCGGCGGCUGCCUCCCCGCCCGCCCCGCCGCCGCCGCACCACGCCGCCGUAGCCAUGGAUCGAACUGCUUAGGCGCUGUCACCUCCCUCCUCUCCCCCGCGGCUGCUGUGCCCUCCUCUCCCCCGCGGCCGUUGUGCCCUCCUCUCCCCCGCGGCUGCUGUGCCCUAGGCGACGAUGGCCUCGGCGACUCCGGCAGGCGGCGAUGGCCUGGGCGAUGCGAGCGGCGGCGACCUCCCCCGCUUCGAUGGCAGUGGCGGGUACUCCAGCUCGGAGUACAGUAGCGCGGAGGAAGAUUUUGCAGAGCCGGCGUUGUCGAUGGAGCAGAGGCUGCGGAUGGCGCGAAUUUGGGUGGACAACCCUAGCACUGCCCAUCACUGGACUCAUGGCUUCGGUGGUGUUCUUUUGUAUGAUGACAUUUUGGAUGUUAGGUUCUUUUUUGAUGCUUCAGAAAUGUUAGAGCUGAAGCUCUGCAGUUCAGAUGUAACAUACCUGAAUAUGAUUGCAGUGAUGGAAACCCAAGGAUUUAGUGAAUAUGAUCUGCUGUUUCACAUUGAGAAUCCAGAUUUAGGGGAGAAAGGAUUGGAGAUGGUAGAGAGUAAUGCUGAGUUGCAACUAGUAAAGAGGCAGGUUGAGGAGUGUAAGGUUUUAAAUUUGCUAGUGAGGGCAUGUCCACCUCCUUGCAGCAAGUUUGAGAGGCAAGAAUUAUCCACUGUUGUGUAUGAAGAGCCUGUGUUAUAUGAUCUCAGUGAGCCACCCAUCUAUGCUGUUGAUGAAGAAGGAGUUGCCUUUGAAAGUCAGAGUAGCAGCUGCAGUUUAGUAGCUCAUGGUACUGGUGUUUGCACACAAGAGAGCAAGAAUGUAAAAGGAAAACUGAAAGCUGUUUUGGAAAUAGAAGAAGAAGAGGGAUAUGAUGGCAGUGGUGGUUCUGAUUGUGAAGGUGAAGAUGACAGUGAUGUAAACCCUUUUUAUAUGGGUGAUGCUGAUGACAUAGAGAUGGAUGAGGGAAAGAAACAGAGAGAGUAUGAUGAAGUAGAAGAGGAAGAAACAGAUGAUGAAGAAUCUGAGGAGGAAGAAAUGGUGCAUUACUCUGGUGACACAGAGGUUGAGGAACCUUUUGAAAUGGAUGAAGAUGACAAGGUUGUUUCACAGGAUGAAGAAACUGUAAUUGUACAUGAAGAGAAGAAGAAGAAGAAACAGAAGCUUCCAGUUAGGAAAGGGCCUACAACAAGGACACAUUCAAGUGUAGUUCAAGAGGAGGAACCUGAUUUCCAACCUUCAUCUGAUGAAGAAGAGAAAGGAUUGUUGAAGGAGGCUGAUGAUGAUGGUUAUGAGCCAUUGUCAUUUGUGCUGCCAAAGAAAAGGAAGAGCAGGGCAAAGCAGAGGCCUCCUAGAAAAUGGUACAAUGAGAAAAUGGAGGCACCACAUGAGCAAUUAUGUCUACAGAUGUGUUUCAAGGAUCAACAUCAAUUCAGAGAGGCUUUGUUGAACUUACACAUCACUCAAGGCAGAAACUUCAAAUAUCAUAGGAACUCAGAUCAAAGAAUAAUUGUAGAAUGCAACCAAAAACAUUGCAACUUCUUUAUGGUGGCAGCAGUUAUAAAAGGUGAAACUACUUUUGUAAUUAAGAAGAUGAGAAUUAAGCACACUUGCCCUAUUAGUACAGAGACAACAAGGGUAAGUGCCAAGUGGCUUGCACAGAAGUAUGAGUCACUGUUCAGAUCUGAUCUAACAACUGGCAUUCAGACUUUGAUUGAUGCCUGCAUGGAGAAGUAUGGUGUGGAUGUGCCCAAGUCAAUGGCAUAUAGGGCAAAGAACCUAGCUAUUGAUGAUGUGCUAGGAGACCACAAGAAGCAAUACCCUAGGUUGAAAGACUAUGCUCAGACAGUGAUGGAUACAAACCCUGGGCGUAGAGUAGUAGUCACUACUGUAACUCCAACACCCACUGAAAAAAUCCCCCAUCCAGGUCCAAGAUUCCAUGCUAUGUUCUAUUGCAUCAAUGGAGCAAGGGAGGGGUUUCUCAAGGGGUGCAGACCAUUCAUUGGUGUUGAUGGGUGCUUCAUUAAGUUAACUACUGGUGCUCAACUACUUGAUGCCACUGGUAGAGAUGGCAACAACAAUAUAUACCCACUAGCAUUUGGUAUUGUUGGGCAAGAGGACACACCUAACUGGUGUUGGUUUCUACACCAACUUAAAAUCUGCCUAGGAGGAGAAGUGGGAAGGUUUGGUCCAUAUACAAUAAUGUCAGAUAGACAAAAGGGCCUACUAAAUGCAGUGAAUGAUGUCUUUCCUAAGUGCAACCAAAGGUUCUGCCUUAGGCAUAUCUAUGCAAACUUCCAAAAUGCUGGGUUUAGGGGGGAAGAUCUGAAAAAGUGUAUGGAUAAUGCUGCCUAUGCAUAUAGUGAACACAAAUUUAACAUUGCAAUGAAUGACCUUAGAGAUGAGUGUGAGCAAGCUUGGGAGUGGCUUUGUCAAAUACCCAAGAAAACAUGGGCAAGGCAUGCAUUUGACACAAACUGCAAGACUGACCUUGUAGUUAACAAUUUAUCUGAGGUGUUCAACAAGUAUGUCCUAGAUGUUAGGAAGAAACCAAUUAGGACAAUGUGUGAUGGAAUAAAGGAUAAGCAGAUGGUGAGGUGGCAUAGGAAUAGGGAGAGUGGAAAGAAAGCUAGAUGGGACAUAACACCCCAUUAUAGUGAGAAGCUAGAGGUUGAGAAGGAGAGGGCCAAAUAUUGCAAACCAAUUCAUGCUGGUGUGGACUUGUGGCAAGUUACAAGUGGGCAGCAAACCCAUGCUGUUAACUUGCAAAUGCACACAUGUGGGUGCAGAAAAUGGGACCUAAGUGGCAUCCCAUGUAACCAUGCCAUCUCAGCAAUAAACAAGGCCAAAAGAAAACCAGAGGAUUAUGUCAGCAAGUUCUUCAAGAAAGAAAUUUAUCUGGCAGCUUAUGAACCAAUGAUCUAUCCAGUUCCUGGUGAGCAUGACUGGACAAGGACCCCUGGUCCAGACAUUGACCCACCUGCAUUUAAAGUGAAGAGAGGAAGAAAGAAAGAGAAGAGGAUCAAGGGGAAAUUUGAAGUUCCAAAGCCUAAGGAGACAUCAAGAAUGGGGACUAUAACAUGUGGCAAUUGUGGACUGCAAGGACAUAGGUACACAAGCUGCAACAAGCAGUUGAAGCCUGAGCUGGCUUUGAGGAAGAACAAACAUGUGCCUCUUGCAUGGAAUUCCAAUGCUGGUGCUGCUGCUACUACACAAGCAUCAAGAACUUCUCAUCCAACUCCUACAACAACACCAACAGCUGGAACAGGAGCUGGGAGAGGAGCUGGGAGAGGGGCUGCAGCUGCAGCUGCUGGGAGUGGUGCUGCUAGAGGUGCUGGUAGAGGUGCUGGUAGAGGUGCUGCACCAGGUGCUGGGAGAGGUGCUGGGAGAGGGAGAGGUACAUUCUCUGCCCCAAGGCAAUCUGGUCCCUCCACAUCUACUGCUCCCUCUACAUCUACUGCUACUCCACCUUCUGGUGGUAGAAACAGAGGAUGGAGAGCCUACUUCUAUGCAAGUGGUAACCACUAAAUGGCACAUGUGCCAUGUAAUGUUCAAAACUAG